AUGGAAGUAAGCGAGACGGUAACGGAUGAACCUUCGAAAACAGAGAAUGUUUACUGGGAUACUGCUCCUCUUCUACAAGAUGUACUCAAUAGUGCGUCUGACAAUAUCGUACUUGGAAGUAACGGCGAUGGAGAUGAGGAAGGCGCAUUUGUCGUACAUGAAGAUAUAGGUCGGUCAUACGAAUACCAAUCAGAUGCCGUGGGUUCUUCGUCAGUGGUCCGCCUCUUGUAUGCAACCUUCUUCCUACUUGUUUGGAACAAUGCAUUUUAG